AUGAGGCGUGCGGAUCCUGAUAUCGGCGAUUCUGGCAAGAAGUUGGUCAUCCUCUUGGAACAGGCGUCUUUGGAGUCUGUGAAGGGGGCGGGAGGUAAAGAAUACCAACUCUUGAAUCCGGAUAAACACAAGGACAGGAUAUUAAAAUCAAAUCGUGAUGUAUCAACGGUUCGGCCCGAUAUCAUCCAUCAAUGUUUGCUAAUGCUUCUAGACAGUCCACUAAACAGAAUGGGUAUGCUUCAGGUUUAUAUUCGAACUCAAAAGAACAUUAUCAUCGAGGUCAAUCCAAAGAUCCGCAUUCCACGUACUUUCGAUCGUUUCUGUGGCCUAAUGGUCCAGCUUCUUCACAAGCUUUCGAUCCAUGCUGCUGAAGGAAAUCACGAAAAACUUCUCAGGGUUGUGAAAAAUCCCAUUACUCGGUACUUCCCUGCCGGCUGUGCAAAGAUUGGCAUGUCCUUUUCCGCAGAUAAAAUCGUUCACCCUUCCGAAGUCCCUUCUAUGAGUCGGUUGGGCACCUCGGAAUCCAUCGUGGUUGUCAUCGGUGCAAUGGCGCAUGGGUCGGUUGUCUCUACAGCUGGUGACUUCCUCGACGAGGUGGUAUCAAUUAGUCGGUUCCCGCUUUCCGCUGCUCAAGUCUGCUCCCGCGUAUGCACAGCGUUUGAAGAGGCCUGGGACGUGGAAAAAUUUGAACCACCUUCUUUGUCAUCGGCUUAA